CUUGCAUUGGCGUACCAUCACGAUUAUUUUGAUGAUCGAAUGAGACGAUCUGUAUAUCUCACAGGCAUUAGUCCUCUAUACGUACUAUAUAUAUGUGCACUCUUAGACCAUAGCUAAAAGCAGAUACACACAUUCUAUCACCAGAGCUGAGGUUCCUUAUUUAGCUUCCAGCUAGAGUUCAUAUAUAAUAGUUAGACUUAAUUAUAUUAGCUAAAGAUGGCUGAUAUAAGUGGAAAGCUUAGCGUAGAAGUGGAAGUGAAGGCCCAUGCUGAUAAGAUAUGGGAAGCCCUAAGGGACUUCAUCUUCAUCUACCCCAAAGCCUUUCCCAAUGACUACAAAAGCGUUGAAAUCGUCGAAGGCGAUGGCAUCGUUGUUGGCUCCGUCCGAUUGAUCAACUAUGGAGAAGGUUCACCGAUAGUGAAGGUGUCGAAGGAGAGGAUCGAAGUAGUGGACCCAGCAAACAGGACAUUUGCUUACAGCGUGAUUGAGGGAGAUCUGCUAGAGUACUACAAAAGCUUCAAGGCUCAAGUGACUGUGCUUCCCAAGGAGGAAGGAGGGAGCUUGGUGCAGUGGAGCUGUUUGUACGAGAAGACCAGUCAUGAGAUUCCCGACCCCACCGCCAUUCAGGUCUUUGCUGAGAAGAACUUCAAAGAGUUGGAUGAGUACCUUGCCAAACAGGCCUAAUCACUUCCCAUGCAUGGCAUAAUAAAUAAAAACUGCUCUACUCCGUAUGUAUUUCAUGGGUUCCUUGUUUAGUGUUUUCAAGUUCAAUUGAAUAAAACAAUUAAGCUACUAAGCUAGCUUGCUAGCUCGCAUUUGUCAUGUUUGAAUGUUGAUGGACCAUGGAUCUUUUUUAUAUUCUACUCUGUGAUACCGCUCCCAGUUUGAACUGAAAUUAAUUAAUCCAUUAAUAUUAAAAUUUAAUAGAAAUUACAAAUACCAAUGUCGAUGAGGAUAACUGGUUGAGUUC